AUGGGGAUUAGACUUCAGGCUACUGUCGCUGAGGUUAUGGACAACCGCCGGAGAAGACGUCACCGAUCCUCAAUCCUCAACAACAUCGAGUAUCUUAUACUUUCUUGCUCUCAGGGAGCUGCACGAACUGGAACUGAUAUCUCAUUAUGGAGGAAUGCAGGGGAUAAUUGCAAGAAGACUUUCGUCUCAAAGAGCACGUGGAACCUGAUUCGACAACGAUACCCGAAAACAGACUGGUAUAAGAGUGUUUGGUUUAAGUACUCAACGCCGAAGUAUGCUUUUCUCACCUGGCUUGCAAUUCAAAACCGGUUGUCUACGGGGGAUAGAAUGAAGCAGUGGAAUGCAGGACAACCACAGACUUGCAUUUUGUGUCAAAGUGGUGACGAAGAAUCGUGCAAGCACCUGUUUUUUGAAUGCAGGUAA